AUAGAGCUCUUUGUCUAGGAUGUAGGCAUCUAGCUGAUUCACUCUCAGGAUGUUUUCUUUGCAUUUUUUGCCCAGUGAAUUGAUACUGUCUUGGUAUCUCUUCAGAAUUGGUUCUGCUCGGAUGGCCUCUACUUUCCAAGGCGAAAUUGGUUCGGCGGAAGCAGUUGAUUUGUCAUCGGGAACCGGCGUGUAUGCCUCAGAGACAGGUGAGUUUUCCAUGUGCCUUGAAUUGGUAGAUAGAGCUCGCAGUUGGCUCAAAUCCGUUUUUGGCACUUUGGUUGAACACUAUCUUCUUCUUUUCUGACUCAUCGGCAGCGUGAGGGCACUUUGAGAAGUACAAUUUAAAAAAAAAAACGAUAAUUGGAAAAUAUCGACGUUUUGUCAAAAUAUAUUAUAUGAGUUCGUCUCAUCAACACCGUCCUGGCCCUUUCAAUAGGCCCAAGAAGCCAUUCAAGUCGAAACAUGCAACGAAGGGUCAAAUAAAGAAAUCAAACAGGGGUAGAGUUGGGCUGGCGUUGAAUGCAGGGAGCAAUGCGCUUGCGGGCAAACUGGAACGUCGAAACAGGGCUAAACAGGUUCAGAAAAAUAAGCAUAAAGCGUUCAUGGCUAAGAAUAGACUGGGACAUGUGAAUCAGGGGCCUCCGAAGUUUAUUGCCAUGGUAGCUUUAUCCAGCCAAAUCGACUUGGACUGUUCGAUGUCUUUUCUACUUCAGCAUAUUGGGUUUUCUAAGGAUCAGAUAGCAUUUUGCACUGAAAAUUCUGGUCCGGUGGUAGUGAGUGUUCCCAAAGUUAAGAGUCGUUUUUGUAUAUACAAGUUGUCUUGCCACUCCCUUGAGUCCAUGAUGAAUAUUAUUAAGGCUUGUGAUUUUGUCUUAUUUUUUAUGUCUAUGGAUGAGCCUAUCGAUUCCCGCGGCCGAUCCAUAUUAUCUGCAUUGUUAGCUCAAGGGUUGCCAUCGUCUAUGGGGGUGUUGAUUGGUCUCAAUAAAUUGUCUCCGAAGGAUCAAAUCAAGCAAAAAAAGGAUGCAGUUAAGAAGUUUCGUGAGUAUUUGAACGACAAGGCGAAAGUUUUUGCUCUAGACACAGCAGCCGAUGCCGAUAAACUGAUAUAUCACCUUUCGACUCAGAUAGUUCGUCCACACUGGCACGACAAUCUUUCAUACAUGCUUCCAGACUCUGUCAAUUGGGUACCCUAUGAUCAAUCUAACUUCGAUCAAGGUGCCGAAGAUGGAUUUGGAACAUUGGAACUCACCGGAUAUAUUAGAGGGAGGGACUUUGACUGCAACUCUUUGGCCCACUUGGUUGGAAUGGGCGAUUAUCAAGUUCUGCGUGCUGAACUUGUAGACGAUCCGUUUGCCUAUCAUAAGGAUGGUGCAAUUGUCUACGAUGGCCAAAUGAAACUCCUUGAAAGUUUUCGCAAACAAUCGCAUGAUCGGCGCAUCAUCGAGCCCAAUCCAGAGCUCCAAGAGGACCUUAUCGAAGAAAAUGAAGUGGACGAUUCUUUAUUAAAAAAUGAAGAAAAAAAAUUUCCGGAGCACGUGUUGAAGCAGAGAUUUCUUGUUCCUCGAGGGACGGAUCCUUAUCAGGCUCGGUGGCUUGCCAGGAAGAAAGUAAAUGUUUCUGAGUAUGACGAAUACGAAGGUGCGACGGAAGAAGAAGAGGAAUGCGAGAGUGAGUGCGAUAUUGACGAAGAGUGCAUGUCCGAAGGCGAGACCGGAAAUGAGUGCAGUAUGGAUGGAGAGUGCGUAUCUGAAGAGGAGAGUGAAGAAUUGGAAUGGGUGGAAGUGGAAGAUGAUCGGAUGAAGAAUAUGCGAGCUAUUGCGGCGGAUAGAAAGGACGAGGUAAAAGAAGUAAACUUUCAUCUUGCUGGCGAAAUAGAGCUGCCUUAUGGUCAACUUGCGCAAGAUGUGCUUAGAGAAUACAGAGGAAUGAAGAGUUUUAGAACCAGUACAUGGAAUCCUCGAGAAGAACUUCCAAUUGAUUAUGCUCGAAUAUUUCAAUUUUCCAAUUUCAAAAAACUUCAUCGCCAUAUUUUAGAAAUUUCUUCUCAUUCUGAUGCUCUUUUAACAUCAGGAUCAUAUGUCAAAUUGGUUUUGAAAGAUUGCAAAAAACCUGUUACAGAUCUCUAUACUACAUUUGUUCUCGUCAAUUUGCUUCCGUUUGAGAAUAAGUAUUCGGUCAUGCACUAUAGCGUCGUUAUGGAUCCUGGGCAUUGCGAAGUUAUUCCGAAUGAGACAGAGCUCACCUAUUAUGUCGGGUUUCGAAAAUUCACGGGUCCUGCACUUCUGAGCGAUGAUAAUCCAAGAUUUAAAAAUCAUAAAAUGGAAAAUUUUUUGCGUCCAAGGCAACCUUGUGUCAUUAGCGUCUACGCGCCUGUCUCUUUCCCACCUCUCCCAGUACUCGUAUGUAAGGCAGAACAACAUCACCUCAAUUUCAUAGCUGCUGGAGCCGUGAAAUCAUGCGAUCCUGAUAGAAUCAUUUUGAAAAAAGUCGUCUUGACUGGCCAUCCAAUUUCUGUUCAUAAGCGCAAGGCCAUUAUACGUGGCAUGUUUUUUCAUCCAUCGGAUGUCAAAUACUUCCAGAAAGCAGAUCUGUGGACUAAAUCUAAUAUUCAAGGAAACAUCGUAGAAUCUCUUGGCACCAAAGGGCUUUUCAAAGCGAUCUUUGGAUCACCCAUCACUAAUUCAGAUGUUGUCUGUAUAUCUCUAUACAAGCGCGUAUUUCCAUUUAAGGCGACUGCGAUUCAACCCCCUAGGCCUAUUGGCACCGUGACAGUCGCUCCAAAAGAUAUGCCUAUGGAGACCGACGAUCAAUGUGACGAAUAUGUUUUUUAAACACCAAAUUAUAAAAAACGUCACUGCCUGUGAACUGUGUCGACAUAGUACGUAUAGAAGUAUUCCUGCAUACUCUAUGAACGUUCUAUUUUCUACAAUGAGUACAUCAAUUCGAUUGACAGAGGCAGAGGUGACAACCCGCGCAUUUAGAAAAUAGUCACAA